GUUUCUUCUGAACCUUGCCAUCAAAGCAAAGCUAUCAGUCAGUUUCUUGCCUCAGCAUCCCCUAGACAAACCCUCCAAAUCCACAAACUUUUGUCCAAAUCGAUCGAAAGCACCAAGACUCUCAACAUGUCGCCACCAAUCGCCACGUACAACGAAUUCGACGGCGGCUUCACUGCCACCAAAGAGCUGAAGGGAGCUCCUGAGACCAAGAAAUUGACCCUCAAUGCCAACGGCAAUGCCACCCACACCAAACUCCUCGAUGAGUUUGGCGGCAAAUGGGAUGCCUUCAAGUUCGCACCCAUCCGCGAGUCCCAGGUCUCUCGAGCCAUGACUCGCCGCUACUUUGCCGACCUUGACCGGUACGCCGAAUCGGACGUCGUCAUUGUCGGUGCAGGCUCUUGUGGAUUGUCCACUGCCUACACUCUAGCAAAGGCCCGUCCGGACCUCAAGAUCGCCAUCAUCGAGGCGUCCGUCUCUCCCGGCGGUGGUUGCUGGCUGGGCGGUCAACUCUUCUCGGCCAUGGUCUUGCGGAAGCCGGCCGAGGAGUUCUUGAACGACAUUGGCGUCCCUUACGAAGAUGAGGGCAACUACGUCGUCGUCAAGCACGCCGCGUUGUUCAUGAGCACCUUGAUGAGCAAGGUCUUGGCCAUGCCCAAUGUCAAGCUCUUCAACGCCACCUGCGUCGAGGAUCUCGUCACUCGUCCAUCCGCAGAUGGUGGAGUCCGCGUGGUUGGUGUGGUCACCAACUGGACUCUUGUCACUCUGCACCAUGACAACCACAGCUGCAUGGAUCCCAACACCAUCAAUGCUCCACUGGUCAUCAGCACCACCGGCCACGACGGUCCAUUUGGAGCAUUCUGUGCCAAGCGUCUCGUCAGCAUGAACGCCAUUGAGAAAUUGGGUGGUAUGCGUGCUCUGGACAUGAACCGCGCAGAGGAUGCCAUUGUCAAGGGUACCCGUGAGGUAUCUCCUGGUUUGAUCAUGGGAGGCAUGGAACUCAGUGAGCUCGACGGAGCCAACCGUAUGGGACCUACCUUUGGAGCCAUGGUUCUGAGUGGUGUCAAGGCUGCUGAGGAGGCUCUGAAGGUCUUUGAGACCAGAAAGGCCGAGUGCGCCGAGUAG